AUGUUGACAUCCCCAUCCUCCUCAACAAUCAAUUCCAAGCAUAGCAACAUCACGAUAACUACUGCGACCAACACAGCCAACAACAUUUACCUCAAAGGCCAACACCAGGAACAUCAUCCGUAUCGACCAUUGCCUUCCGUCUUAACAGACUUUUUCGCAUUCAAGUUGUGUGAUCUCAUUCCCACUCGACCAUUACCAGCUGGAUCAAAACGUACCGCACCUGAAUUAGUUUAUUUUAUCUUGAAAAUCACAUCACAAGCUCGCAUAUCAUGUCACAUUGCUGUUGUUGCUCUGAUUUAUAUAGAGAGAUGUAAAGCUGCACUCCCAAAAAAUGCAAUUGGCGACCAAGAUACCAUUCACCGCAUCUUUGUAGCUUCGUUACUUGUGGCAUCAAAAUAUUUACAUGGCACAUGCUGGGGCUCCAGCCAAAAUAUUGUUCCAGAAGAACAAACGUCAACAGAGGAGACACCUGUUUGGUUGAAUAAUGCACGCAUGGCCAACAUUUGCAGUCGAUUCUACACAUUGCAAGAAAUCAAUCAACUGGAGCUAUCCUUUCUGAACCUGAUUAAAUACAAUUGCUUUGUGAAUUCAAUUGAGGUCCAGGAAUACCUCGUUUUACAUAGACAGGACUUACUAUUGUAA